CGCUUCCGCUUCCGGCGGCGCCGGUGGUGGCGCGCGACUCAGCGAUGGCAGCAGGUGGCAGCGAUCCGCGGGCUGGCGACGUAGAGGAGGACGCCUCACAGCUCAUCUUUCCUAAAGAGUUUGAAACAGCUGAGACACUUCUAAAUUCAGAAGUUCAUAUGCUUCUGGAACAUCGGAAGCAGCAGAAUGAGAGUGCAGAGGAUGAACAGGAACUGUCAGAAGUCUUCAUGAAGACGUUAAACUACACAGCCCGUUUCAGUCGUUUCAAAAACAGAGAGACCAUUGCCAGUGUUCGUAGCUUGCUACUCCAGAAAAAGCUUCACAAGUUUGAGUUGGCCUGUUUGGCCAACCUUUGCCCAGAGACUGCUGAGGAGUCCAAGGCUCUAAUCCCAAGCUUGGAGGGACGGUUUGAAGAUGAGGAGCUGCAGCAGAUUCUUGAUGAUAUCCAGACAAAGCGCAGCUUUCAGUAUUAAUCUACAAACAUCGCUGCUGCUCGGAGAAACCGCGUCCCCAGGCGUAACACCACCUUCCCAGGCUCUGGGGCUGACUUGCAUGGAAAUGCUGUUGCAGAGGACAGUUGAGAAUUCCUUUGGAGAAAACAGCCCAGCUUGGCGUGGCGUUAGGUUGCUGUUUCAAAUAACUCAUAGGCUCAGGACAUGGAAUCUUGGAGCAGCCUUGUGCAGUGGCUGCCAGUGGCUUCCCGAACGUGCCUCUGGGAAGUGUGAGAUGGGGCCACACUAUUGACUACCUCAUUCAUGGUUUUUGGCCUCCACAUCAUCUUUUUUCUUAAUAUUUCAUGUUUUAAUUUCAGUGCGUUUAUACUUUUUGAAACUAGACCAGAAUAUAGUAGACUUUAUAGAGAAAGACCAGUUUCACCUAGAUGCAAAAGGAAGAAUUAAACCACUGUUAUUGUUUGAAAUGCUUUUUUUUCUUUUCUUUUCUUUUAAAUGGAGAUAGGGUCUUAACUCUUACCCAGGCUGGAGGGGGCCAGUUUGCUCCCCAGUUAUAAAAAACUUUUAAAAUUUUUUAUAGAGAUGGGGUUUUACUGUGCUGCCUAGACUGGUCUUAAACUCCUGGGCUCAAGUGAUUCCCCCUGCCUUGGCCUCCCAAACUGGUGCGAUUACAGGCAUGAGCCACCCCACCUGGCCUGAAAUUCUGAAGGGAUGAGCGUGUCGACAGAGCACGUUGGAUGAGAGUGUCGACAGAGCACGUUGUGGCUAACCUGGGAGGCGGAAGAAGCAUGCCAUGGCCAUGGGCAGUGUUGACAAGUAUUGUGGAGCUCAUAGUCCCUUGAGGUAGAUGACUACUUUGCCUUUCUUCUUGAACUGUCUUGCAGAAUGUAGAUUUGGGGUGAGUGGUCUUGAAGGACUCAUUUAGUCACCCUCAAAUUAAGACUUUUACUUCAUCUUUCUUGGGCCUACACCUCCAAGAUAAGAAGCAGUGGUUGUGCCAAAGAGGCUUGCAACUAGGUGUGCGCUGUUCACUGCAGCCUAUUUGUUGCCUGAACUGUGGUCGUUGUGUGCCCAAUGACAAGGCUAUUAAGAAGUUCAUCAUUUGAAAUGUAGAGGCCGCAGCAGUCAGCGAUGGUUCUGAAGUGAGCAUCCUUGAAGCCUGUGUACUUCCCAGGCUGGAUGUGAAGCUACAUUACUGUGUGAGUUGUGCCACUCACAGCACGGUAGUCAGGAAUCGAGCUCAUGAAGCCCACAAGGACCGAACACCUCCACCCCAGUGUAGACCUGCAGGUGCUGCCCCGUGCCCCCACCAAAGCCCAUAUAAGGAGUGGAGUUCUUAAGGACUGAAGAAAAACUAUUCUCUGGAGAAAAAUAAAAUUGCAAUUAAAAUUUUUUAUUUUUUUUUUAAAUUUCAUAGGCCAGGCGUGAAGUUCUGAACACUUUGAAGUCUCCAAUUAUGAGGGAUCCAGUCUAAGCCUCUGGCUUGCUACUUAGCAAUAGGUGCUUUAUGAUGGGCUGAUUCAGAAGGAGGGAGUCACUCCUGAGCCACUGCAGUGAAGUCACUUGAUCUCAGUCUGGGGGAAAACACUUUAAUAGCUAAACAUUCUAGCUUUGAUUUUUCUGAGGGGAAUACACCUGUUUUCAAUUUUGGGGUUUUUCUUUGGGGCACUUGCUUGACUCUGUAUGAACUUGUGAUCCAAAGAAAAAGGAGAAAGAACAAUGUUGGCUUUUAAAGUCUUGAUGGUUUUAUGUUUGCUAUGAAAUAAGGCAAAAAUAAAAAAUUCUUAUUUUUA